AAAGAUUUUAUUUGAAGUGAGCAGAUGAUUUUCGAAAAUAAUAUCAUUUGCACAGGCACAUAUUCGAAGCCUCAAUGUUCUUCACUGGGCGAUCUUAUUGUAAAAAAUUUGAAGCGAAGACAAAAUGAAGUCGUUUUGGUGAUAAGAAUCUUCUUUUCAAAAUACAUUUUCCCUUUUACACCCACUUCUUUCCUCAGAUCAAUGGGGUCACAGGGAUUCAAUGGCUAGGCAGUGACAUCCUGGAUUACAGCAUAAAAAUUAGCAAAUCACUUCAUCAUGAAGGCAUCAAAGAAAAUGACGUUGUUUCGAUUCUAUCAGACAAUCGUUUUGAAUUCAUUGGAGUUGCGUUUGGGACUAUGCUUUUGAAUGCCCAUUUGGCACCCGUAAAUUUCCAUUAUUCGAAAAAUGAACUGAGACAUUCUUUGAGUUUGACAAAACCAAAAAUUGUUUUCACUUCGGCACAUGCUGCAAAUUCGUUACUUGAACUCAUCACCGAAAUGCCAUUUAUUCGACAGAUCAUACUUCUUGAUGACCAGCCGGAAAUUUCCAAUGGUAAAACGAUUUCGUUAAACAAAUUUAUUGCAGCUCAUGAGUGUAAAACUUUCAACAUUGAAAGCCAUGUUUCUAAUUCCGUUGACAUGCGUCAACGCACGUCUAUAAUAUUCUUGUCCAGCGGAACAACUGGAAUCGCAAAAGGUUGCGAAAUCAGUCAAUACAACAUGGCAGUGACCAUUUAUCCUUUAGAGAAAUUGUUAGGAUUUUUAAAGCAGUUCACAAGCCAAGUCGUAAACUUGAACAUUUCGCCAUGGUUUCAUGUUAUGGGGCAUGUCCAUAUUUUUUCCAACCUACUGUCAGAAUCGUUCGUUUGUGUCUUUUUACCAAAAUUCGAACAAAGACAUUUUUUGAAAGCUAUCGAAAUGUAUAAGGUAAACGCAACCAGCGUACCACCACCAGUGAUGACUUUUCUCUCAAAAAGUCCCAUGAUAGACGAAUUCGAUUUAACGAGUCUGAAGAUGAUUUCGUCAGGUGGAGCCCCAUUGAAACAUCAAGUUGAAGAACUCAUUAAAAAACGGUUCAAGGGCGGCUUGACUAUAUUCCAGGGCUAUGGAUUGACAGAGACAACGGCCGGUAUAAUUCGAAGUGUUUUUGGGAAAGAAACUCCAGGUAGCACAGGAAUGGUCGAGGAAGGGAUCUGUGUAAAAGUUAUUGACGAAAAAGGAGUUGCGCUCGGUCCGAAUAAAGUCGGCGAAAUUUGUGCUAAAGGGAACAGGAUAAUGAAAGGAUAUUUGAAUGAUCCGAAAGCAACAUCUGAAACUAUUGAUGCCGAUGAAUGGCUACACACUGGCGAUUUGGGAUAUUAUAAUGAAGAUUUUCAAUUUUUCAUAGUAGAUCGGUUGAAGGAGCUGAUAAAAUAUAAAGGCUUUCAAGUGGCACCAGCAGAACUGGAAGGACUAUUACUAACCCAUCCAAAGUGUAAAGAUUGUGGUGUCAUUGGCAUACCCGACGAAAUUUGCGGUGAGCUUCCACUUGCCUUCGUUGUGAAGCAAGAAAACGUUGAGUUUGAAGAGAAUGAGGUCAUCGAAUUUGUUAAAGAAAAUACUAGCAGUGCGAAAUGGUUACGAGGUGGCGUAAAAUUUAUCGAUGAAAUUCCGAAGAACCCAAGUGGUAAAAUAUUGAGGAAAGAAUUGAGAAAAAUGUACAGAGACACAAAAUCGAAAUUGUAAUUAUGAUUUUCGUCACAAAUACUUUGCAAAUGCAAUGUAGAUUUACCUAAAUAAUCUUCCGUUCGAACUAUUUUAGCCCACUCACAGUUCAAUAAAAAAAUGUUAUUUCUUUUCAUAAAUUGUGGUCAUUUUUUCAAUA